UGUAAAUAAAAGCGUAUUUGCUGUCACUACCAACUCUCUAAUGAAAAAACCAAAUAAAAAGCGGCAGCUGCAAAUUCAACAGAAAAAACAGAAGACUUUCAUAAUGGAUACACUUUUCUGCGACGAGCUUCUCAUAGAAAUCUUCCACCGUCUUCCGCCGCCCUCCGCUGUCGCCGUGUCCCUCGUCUCGCGGCGGUGGCGCCGCCUCCUACGCUCCUCAACGACCUCUCUCUCCCUCAACUUUCCCCCUCCCUACAACCCCACCACCAUCUCUUCUCUCUCCUCCUUUCUUCGGCAGCACCCGUUUCUUUCCUCGCUCUCCGCCGCUGCCCCCGCCUUAUGCGGCGAUGGCGGCAUCCUCCUCUCCGUCGCUGCUUCCUGCCCCAACCUCCGCCACCUCCAGCUCUCGAGCUCCCCGGUAUCUGCUCUCUCUCUCUACAAUUUUUCAAACUCCUGCAAACAUCUCUCUUCUAUUUCUCUUGCUGUUUCGAGACCUCUAUCUUUCAAUUGGAUGUCUUGUUUCAAGUCUUUGAGAUGCCUUUCCCUCUCUAUCAAAAACCCUUUAGCUGAAACCGAUGAUUCCAGCCUCGGAAGCGUUAAAGAUGCAAUCUUUGAUGUGGAAUUGAGUUUGGAGAGUCUUAGUUUAUCUGGGAUUUCGCCAAGGGAUUAUGGGGUUGGCUUUCUUUGGAGAAACUGCAAGAAUGUUAGGAAGUUGCAGCUCAAGAGCUGCGAGAGCGUGGGAGAUUACUCCUCGUUUUCGGAUUUUUUAAGGUUAGCUAAUGAUCUUCAAGAGCUAGAGUUGAGAUCAUGUAGGAGUAUAGCUAAUCUUGUGAUGUUAACACUAUGUGAGAAUUGUGUGUCUCUGAAUUCUUUAUUGAUUUAUGAUGGUGGGAGCAGAGAGGGUUUGCUUCAGUUCUUGAAUCAGAGCAAGUGUAGUUUGAGGAAUCUUGAUUUCAGGUUGCCUCUUGAUCUUGAUAACUCUCACAUGAUUGCAUUAUCCGAAAAUUUGCAUUUUAGGGGUUUGAUGAGUUUAAGGUUGCAAUGCUGCUGCUUUGUCACUGGUGAGGGGUUGAAGGCAGUGGGGAGGGCGUUGGGGGGUGCCCUGGAGGAGCUCUCGUUGAUAAACUGUGACGUCGUGGAGAGGGAGCACGGUUUGCUGACGACACUAGGCCAGGAUUUGAGGAAGUUGAAGAGGUUGGACUUGUCUUACAAUGAUAUGUUGCAUGAUAAGGAGGUUGUCUCGAUGCUAGCCUCUUGCGAUUGCUUGGUUGAGCUGAGAUUGAGGGGUUGUAGCAGGCUGAGUGAUGCAGCUGUGGAUGUAAUGGUUAGGAGGUGUAAGCAGCUGCAGCGUGUCGAUAUAGCCUACUGCAGUGGUAUUGGUGUGCAGGGAGUUGAGUUCUUCGUGCUCAACGCCCCGUGCUUGAGAAGGGUAGAGGUGGAGCAGAGCAAGCUCUCUGAAGCUGCAAUGGCACGGGCGUCAGAUAGGUUUAUGCAGGUUGUGUGUUGAUUGAUAAAUUUGGCUGUUGAGUUUUUAAGGCAGUUCAAUUUGAUUACUUUUUAUUGGUGUAUAUCAAUAUGUGUUGUUGUGUUGAAGGAAAUUUAUUCACUCCCACAACAUUUGUGGACUGUGCUAUAAUGUGUAUCCUGAAUAAAAAAACACAAGUUGUUUAUGAAGUUAAUCUGAUGAGUUGAUGCAGCUGCCAUA